UGCCACUGCUGCAAUUAUAUAUCGCUGUUCCGUCGUCUCCGCCGAUCCAACUCCGCGCAAAAAACCGCACAUAUAUCGCUCAACGGCCCGCGAAUAAUCCUUAAAUAUUGCAAUUGCACGAUUGUUCACUGAAACAUAAAAUCGAAACCCUAUUUUUAUCAGCUCAACAUGGGUAAAGUGAACUUCAUAGGAAAACCAUGAAUAAUACCGUAAAUGCUAAAUUUAAAAUUUGAAAAUCCACUAGUGCUCUUAAUAGCUUCAAAAGCAAGUGAAGAAAUUUAGAAUAAAGAGUGUGAUAACCGAAAGAAACACCGAGAAACGGCGAGGAAAGUCUAGAAAAGUGCCUGAAACCAAAUGUGUUUGUCCCGAAGUUAAAUCCCUUCAAUCCGCCCAAAUCGGCUUUAAUUCCCGUAAAUCCCCUCUUCCGCCCAAUAAUUCCGCCACAAAAACAGGCACAUGAGUUGGAUUAAUCGGAGUCAACUGGAAUAGGCCGAAGCACCCGGAGCACAGCUGCUAGUACUAUGGAAAAGGCGAAGGCGUACAUCAAAAAUGAACUUCGCGGUGGCAGCCAGCAAUCCGAGCCAGCAACCACGCCAAACCCGACCUCUCCGGCCUCGGCGCCUGGAACACUCCAAGCGACCAGGCAGUCCUAUCCGCCCGUGGAGCUGAUGCCCUCACCCGGAGCGGCAGCCCAUCGGAACUCCCGGACUCCGGGCGAGCAGUACCACUUCGGCUAUCAGCCGCAUCCCGCUCAGCAUUACCAUCCGGGCGCCAAGUCGACGGGCAGAGCCUCGGCCCCACCCGACAACCAUCAUGUGUCCAUGACCAUAUGCUUUGUGUGCGGCGGACAUGGCAGCUUUGAGCCGCAGCCCCUGAGGAUUCGCCACAAUGCAGAGCGGCCUUCAGAGUCGUAUUUCCCCUUUCUGGAGCGCCACGAGCCUCCGAAUGGGGUGCCUGGUGUGGUGCCGGGCCAGGAGUACGUGUGGGCCUGCAUGCUCUGCUUUCGAUCCUUGAACGAGCAAUGGGAUGCCUACGAGCGACAGAAGAAGCCCCUGCUGCAGCGCAUCUACCACAUGAAGCGGGUGGACGGCAAGGGCUACAUAGGAGCCGAUGUGGCCACCCAAAGCGAGUACGCCGCCCAGGUGCUGGGCCUGAGUGCCGAGCAUCUUACCCAGAAUGGCCUGGUGGAGGGGCACGGCGAUCCCUACGCGCUGGCACGCCACUACUCGCCGCAGCAGCCGUCACACCACCACCACAGUACCUCUAGGAAUGCCUCACCCUCGCCAAAUCCCAGUGCGGCCGGUGGUGGUGGUGGGGAAUUCUAUCCCAGAAAUUCGACGCCGUCGAGCAACCACAACAGAUACCUGAGCAGGCCGCAAUCGCGGGACAUGCCCGUGGCCUCGCCCACAUCACGACCGCCCAGCGAACCACCGGCCAUGAAGUCCGCCGGCUAUGCGCAGCAGAAGUUCAAGCUGAGCCCGGCACCGCCGGCUGGCUAUCAAGGCCAGGCGCCGUAUCAUCCCGCCCAGUACCAGCAGUUGCAGCAGCAGACGGCUGCCUAUCACCUGCUGCAGCAGCAGGUGAACGCUGGCGGCGGAGCAGCGGAGUCUGCUCACUACAAGGGCAAUCCCUACGGUGCGUUGCCCUCGCCUGGCAGCGGUCCACUGGGCCCUCGUGCUCCGUCAACGCUCGAAGAUGACAAUGCCACCGUGCUGGAUCUGCGGAACUCCUCCAAUUCCAGUGCUCCGCCGGCACCGCGACAUGUUGGCAGCACUGCGUCCGUCUCCCAGCCAAGUCAGCCGCAGUCGGAGGUGGGUAUACUGGACUUGUCCAUGCCGGACAAGAACUCCAUCACCGAGGUGUGCUACGUGUGCGGCGAUGAGCAGCGCCGAGGCAGCCUCAUCGAGCUGAGCACCGUGAAGCCCAGGGAAACGGGUAGACCCGGACCAUCUGUGCCGUACUUCCCACUCUUCAACGAGCAGCAUCCGCGGCCAGCACGUUCGCGUCCCAAGGAUCCCCGCGGCAUGAUCCAGGCCUGUCUGCCCUGCUACGAGGACCUCAUGCAGCAGUGGAAUGUCCACCAGGCAUCUCAUAAACCGGAGUCGGAGCGAUCUUAUCUGCUGCGGAAACGCUCCACGCCCGUGGCCGAGAGAACCACUUUCGUUUGCUACACCUGUGGCACGGACACGCCCUCCUCGCAACUUCGCCUUGUCUACUGCUGCCCGAAUGCCGAAAGGGAGCCCUAUUAUCCAUUCAUCAAGACCAUGAAGGUCUACAAAAACGCUAGUCCAAUUAGCCCGCAAGGCAUGGUCCAGGUCUGCUCCACCUGCAAUGAGAAGCACUCCGGCUUGGCGGAGGGCGGUCCACCUCCAGCUUCAUCCAGCACCCACUCCGCAGUGGGUGGAGGUUCGCCCAGUGCUGGCCACUCGCUGGAAUCGAACUCGGCCAUGUACAGCACCAGUGGAGCGAUAACCGGAAAUAGUGGGGCACAAUUCGGGGGUCGUAACUCACCAUCCGAGAAAUCCCUGGCCAAUUCGGACUCCAUGAGUAAUGUGCGAUUUAGGCCCUACGAGACGAACUCGAACAAUUCCAACUCUAACACGGCACGCGACCUCAAACAAAUUCGUCGCAGCGAUUCGCGUCCCAAUUCGCCGAGUUCCAGCCAAGGAGCCAUCGAAAAUGGACACGGCCAGUAUCCUUGCUCCAUUUGCAAAGUGUUGUGCCCGUCAAACAAAAUGGAUUGGCUGUCCACUAGUGCCGAGCAUAUGAACUCCCACGCCAUGCACUUUCCCUGUCUCAAGGCCAACGCCGUAACCAACAACAACAAUAAUAACAAUACCAAUAACAACAAUAAUAACAACAACAACGAACUUAACAGCAAUCGCGUGCUGGCCUGUAAGGACUGCAAGGAUUACUUGGCCAGCCAGUGGGAGACCAUGGAUGCAGAACGGGUUCCCCUCGAGCACAGAAGAUACAACAUUCCCUCGCCCAUGCUGACCUCCAGUUCACCAAACGGAUCUCGUCACGGCGCCAUGAGUAUCAACACUCCGCCCUCCACACCAUCCAUAUCAUCCUCGACGCCUGCCAGCACAUCAAUCUACUGCUAUCUUUGCGGCCUGCACUCGGACCUAACGUUAGCCAGAGUGCUCUAUGCCAGUAAAGAGGGUUCGCGUCCUUAUUUCCCACUGUUGCUCAAACACAAUUCACUUCCCAAUGCGGAGCAGUUAAGAAACAAUUCGGCGUUGGUUUGCACCUUUUGUUACCAUUCCAUGUUGAAUCAGUGGCGAAAGUAUGAGGCGCAAAGUCCCAGCGUGAACCCAGCGGAUCGUAAAUACAAUUGGCACGAUUACAACUGUCACCUGUGCGGCAUUACCACUUAUCGGAAAAGAGUUCGGGCGUUACCCGUCAACGAGUUUCCCUUUGUGAAGCACCAGAAGAGCGAUGACGGCCUGCUGCUGGAAAACGGAGAAUACGCGGUCGUCUGUCUGGACUGCUACGAGAGCUUAAGACAACAAGCCUCACAGCACGAUCGCUUUGGAGUGCCCAUAUCCAGGCGGGCCUACAACUGGGUGCCCCAACCGCCUCCGCCGGAGGACAGUCCCGAGUCCGCAGUGGCCCGCUUGCCCUGCGGCGAGCGCUCCGAUCGCAUUCACAUCAACAAUGCCUUGCGGCCCGUGCCAGGAAAGAAGACCACAUCGCCCAAGCAGUACGACAAGUCAAAAGAAGUGCCGCCAAAGGCUGGACAGAAGCGGCCAGCCACCAGCCCAGCACCGCACAUUCCCGUGCCGCACCACCUGCAAACUCCGCCUGGCGGCGGCGCCGGCGGCUUGCCGGGAUCUUCCGUGGCCAACAGCCCGAUUCCAUCGUCCGCCGGCGGCAACGCCCUGUUGAACCACGCCCUGCCCAGCAAUCACAUUGGCACCCCGUCGCCACAGCAGCAGCAUCAGCACCAGCAACAUCAACAGCAACAGCAGCAACACCAAGCUCAACAACAGGCACAACAGCAGGCGGUGGCGGCUGCAGUGCAGCAGCAACUGGCAGCCGGAGUGGGCUUGCCUCCAGGAGCUAUUGGUGCCGCUUCGGCCAGUAGUCGAGGCUCCUUUGCCGCCGCCCUGCGAACGCUGGCCAAGCAAGCGGACAUCAAGGAGGAGGAUGUCGGUGGAGACAGAAGUGUGCCAACAUCGGGAGCCGGAGGACCACCGCCGUCUUCAAGUGGCCCAGGAUCGCUGAAUUCGGUGGCAGGCCGCGUGGGAUCUGAGCGACCUGGCGAGGAUAGAGUGUCCAGUAACAAGAAGCGAUCACCUCCGUCGCCACAGCCGCCGGAGAAGAUCGCCCGUCUGAGUCACACACCACAAACAGCAUCGCUGCAACCGGAACUCUUAGCCAGGAGUGGUUUCCAGCCGUACAGAUCGGACGAGCGAUUGAUGCAUCCGGCAGGUGCCUUUCCGCUGGAGGCGUACUCCCACUUCGCCGGAUUGCCAGGUAUUCCGCCAGCUUUUCUGAAUCCCGCUGGACUACCGUAUACGGAGCAGCUCUACUUGGAGCAUAGAUACCAACUGUUUCGGGCCGCCGGCGCACAUCCCUCUCAUCCGCAUGCGGCUGCCCUGUAUCCCCAAAUGGCCUCGCCGUACUCCCACCUCUACUCUAUGAUGCCGGGAGCAGCGUUGGGUAUCUCGCCAGCGAUGCACGACCGGAUAAAGCUGGAGGAGGAGCACCGGGCGCGAUUGGCGAGGGAGGAGGAACGCGAACGAGAGAUUCAACGCGAAAAAGAGCGUGAGUUGCGGGAGCAGCGCGAAAAGGAGCAGCGGGAAAAGGAGCAAAGGGAAAAGGAGCAGCGUGAGCGGGAGCAACGUGAAAAGGAACAGCGCGAGAAGGAGGCACGGGAACGAAAGCUGCGGGACGAGGAACGUGAGCGCGAACGGGAGCGACAGCAACUGUUGACUGCCUCGCACCAUUACUCGAACCAGUUGUACUCCCCACUAAACCGAAAUCUAUUGGGUUCCAUGAUUCCACAUCUGAAUAUGAGUUUACGAGGACCCCCAGGUGCACUUCAUGGCCUUCCUGGAAUGUCGCACUAUCAUGCAGCGGCGGCAAAUGCCCAGCGGCAGAGUCCCCACGGAGCCAUGGGUCUUAAUCUUGGCAUGGCUGGCCUCCCAGGCGUUCCCCCACUCGGUGGUCACGGGCCUAAUCUGCAGCACCACCUGCAGCAGGCGGCCAUGGGUUUGGCUCAUCCGGGAGCCGCUGGCCUUACGCAUCCUGGCUUCUCAGCCGCUGCCCUCGGACUCGGUGCGCAUCCGCACAGCCUGAACCUCAGCCAUCCGCAUAUGUCGCCCCACCAUCCCGCCUCCCUGGCUCACCAAUUGCCACCGCAUACCUCUUCAGCCGGCGGAGGGGGGCUAAGCAACUCCAUACCCGUCACAGCUAGCUCCAGUUUGUCUGCGUCCUCACCACACACCAGCCUAAACCUGACAUCAUCUGUAAAGCUAAGCGCGGAUCAGGUACCCACAUCGACGCCCAGCGGUGGUGUCGGCGGCAGUGGAAUGCCUCCCACUACCUCUAGUUCCCACAUUCCCAACAUGGGCCACUAUUACCACCACGGGCAUUUGGCGGCCAUGCAUGCGGCUGCAGCGGCGGCAAGCGGAAUGACUCCGACCGCUGCCCACCAACAGCAGCCCCUGUCGCUGCCCAGCUCACCCAAAAUCACGCCACCGAUCACUCCAUCUUCCUCGGCCAACGGAGGCAGAGCGGGCGGCAGUCCACAUGCCAUGAGGCAUCAUAUUGCGGCAGCGGUGGCUGCUGCAGCCCAACAAUCGGCGAUGAUCGACAAGGCAGCCACGCCCGUGACCCAUGAGCCCACCACCUUGGAUUUGACCGGGUCAAAUUCAAAUUCGAGCAACCAGGCGCCAUCUAACGCAAGCAGUGGCCAGCCUACAAACCACGAAGUGAAUGGAGCCGAAUCCAAUGGAGCAUCGCAGACAGAAAGCAAGGAGCACUUGGCAAUCAAAGAGGAUGGCCACAAAAGUUCUCCGCCGCCGGUGCCGCUUGAAAAGAAGCCAGCCACGCCGAAUGCAGCUGCAGACAAACCCAUCCAUCCGGACAGCUCCCCGGAAAACUCUUCCCGGCGCAGUGCCAGUCCCCAAUCGGACGCGAACAACUCGCUGCCUGCGGUCAGUGUUACCGCAGCAGCAUCAGAUGACAGCAAGCCACAGCUGGGCGCACUGGGUCGCAGCAACAGUGCGGAGGAGGCUACAGCCUUAUGACACCAACUCUUCAGUAAUUCCAAUAACUAACUAAUGAAAAGCUACAGCGACAUUGGGAUGUACUUGCUGUCGGAGCGAGCUCUUCACCAGCAGCGCAAGCGGAUGCUGGACGAGUUCCUGAAGCUAUAGAAUUUUCCUGAGUUAACCAGGAACGAUUGGCCAGAAAAAGGCAUGAGGCCACUAUAAAUAAUACAAUGUAAAUUCCACAACAGAUAUCAGAUAUUUGUUUUUUCUCGGUGUUACAAUCUAAUGUUUACCCAACCAGUUGAAUACAAUUCUACCACAAUUAGACAUUUUGAAUUGGUGUAAAAAUCGUAACUGCAUAAAAUGUAAAAUAAUGUGACAUAUUCCAAGCGAAGUAAUUACUCUCAAACGAAACGUUAGCUGUAAGAGAUUUAGGUACGUACUUGCAUGGAACUCUGGAUGUAGUUUUCGUGUGGCAAUGUUCACGGCCCGAAAAUAUUAAUGAUAGUUGUAAAGUUAGUCUAAAUUCUGAUAAGAAAUUUAUAUAUACACAACAGAAACAGAAAUUAUACAAACAUACUGGGUAGCUAUAUUUUAUUCUUAAAUUGCUAAUUGCUAAUAAUUGUGAUUUGGAGAGUACGAAUAAAACUGGAAAACGUAUGAACAAGUAACUCGAAUACAAAGUGGGGAAAACGGAACUGAAAUUUAGAUAACAAAUCAAAUCAAAAACCUAGGGAGAUAUUCUGGAAUGGAUUAGAAGUGAACAGCGAAAGGCCGAAAUUAUUUUUCGAAAUUAAAUACCUUUUGUAUGCAACCCUUUAGCACUUAAAACUCUUUAUUUUAUUGUUGUUAUUUUAAAUAUUUUGUACGCAGAACUUAGAGUGCCGAAAUCGGAAAACGCAUUCGCCACAAUCUUCAGAAACACAAUUCCAAACACAAGCUAGCAAAUGGAGACGUACUAUUGAACAAGAGUACUAUGUAUCCGCACUAUAAUUGAUGUUUAUAGUAAGUAGUUAAUACCCUAAAAACAAGCAAACUCUCAAAGAUAUAGACCUAGUUUUCAUUCCCGUUUCUCAACUUUGCCCCUCUAUUAUGCCUUCUUCUCCUUUUUUGUGUUUGAGAUUGCCUAACAUUUGACGGUACGCAAAGUAACGGUUUACAUAUAUUUUAAUGCAUAAAUCUCGAGCAAUCUGUGAUAUUAUAAAAACAAAAAAUGAAAAACCAAACCAAAACUCAAAAAUCAUUGCGUAUGAGCCACAUUCGAGGCCCUGUACUGUAAGAUUUAACUCGUUUUCGAAGCAGGACCCACCAGAAAGUUAGGAGUCCUUGCCGAAUAUGGACACCGAUACGCUUCGACACUUUUGAACAAUUUUCGCCAUAUGCAAGUCGACUUUUCCUUUUGACAAAACUAUGUGUAUGUACCAGUAAAACUGAAAAUGAAUAUAUUUUAAUAACUAAUCAUAAUAGAUUCUUGAAUGAAAAACAUAACUGAAAUCGAUUGGCGCGCAUCUAGUAACGUAACCACAAAUGCCAUGCGAUAGCAAAUUAACUACUGCAAAAUAGUUUCAAAUACAACCUUAACAAAAGAAAACAACUCGAUCGUAAAUUAAUUGUAUUGUAACUCCCCCUCAAUCUUCGUUGUGUGUGUAACAGAAUACAAAGUGUAAAACAUUAAACUGUAAGCUAAUCGAAACAAAAUCGAAACCAAAAACCAAAUACAACAGCUACCGAAACAAUAGCAAUAGACAUAAAGAGGAACGCUCCAGUCUGUCCGGAAACUGAUCUUACAGCCGAAUUCAGAAUUUAACACACCUCAAAGUCCUGAGCUACCUAUUCCCCAUCGGAUUAAGAUCAAGAACUCGACAGUCGGACGCUCCUUUCUCGGAUCUUCACACGACCACACCAUAUAGUUGGGUAUAUAUCAACACAAUCGCGCAGCAGAAUAGAUAUGUACGGAUGUUCAACCAUGUGGCAAACGAUAUGCGAAACAAACAUUUAAACAAUAUUGUGCAAUUUUACAUAAGGCAUUUAUGAUUUUAUGAAAUAAACUCUACUUAAGGAUGUA